UCGAUCGCGAUCAGUUUGAAAGCUGUGAUUUAAGUGAUAGUGAAAAAAGUUAAAUGUUUACUUAAAUAGUACAUUCGAGUUUUAGAGUUUCACGAAACUCAAAGGACACGUUUUAUUGGAGACACAGUUAUAUUUUCGGAACGGAUUCAAAAUGACUACAACAAGAUCAGCCGGAUGGAAGCUGGGUGUGGACGAAAAAGCAUGUUACAUCGAGGUGGAGGACGAUGAAGAAGAUGGCGACCAACAAAAACAACAGCUCGGAUUGGACGAAACAGUGGCCACUGUAGCUGGAACCGGAACCGGGGAUCGGAAUGAUGAGGAACAUUCGAGCGGACAGUCGCCCUGGUGUGAUUUACCGGAUCAUAUUAUGGAACGAAUCUUCUCGCACCUGAGCAUCCGGCACCGAUAUUACGCCAGUCUGACCUGCUACCGAUGGUACCAAGCCUUCUACCUGCCGAACGUGUGGUCCAACUUCCUGGUGCUGGACGAGACGCUGGCAAGGCUAAAGUUCAACUACUACUCCGGCUGGCAACCGGUCCUGGAUCACACCCGAACCCAAAACUGUCUGCUGGCCGUGGGACAUCUCUUCCGGGGUUUGGACUUCCGGCCGAUGUUCUCGUUCAACAAUAUGUUUCAAUUUAUGAGUCUACUGUCGUGGGGCAUCGAGCAGAACCACAAGGAAAAAGUGCCCCGCGAGUGGAUAGAUUGCGGCAGCCGGAUUGUAUCGUUGAACUAUAUUUUCCCGUGCAAUAUGGCCUCCAGUGAGGACCCGGAAUCGAUAAAACUGUUCGGGACCGGCGGUCAACUUUUGGCCGCGCUCAAGAGACUUAUGCGCAAUUUGCCGAAGCUGCAUACCCUGAAGUUGGUGGAUCUGAUUCUGGAACGGUACGAAGCAAACCAUCUGCUCGAUGAGGUGCUGGAGAUGUGCUGUAUGGUGCUCAGGCGGCUACACUUGGUCAAUGUCACCAUGGUGCACUGUCCGGUCAUGCAUAUAGGGCUGUUCCUGAACUUGCAGGUCCUGGUAGUUUCGCCUCAGAACAUCGACGACGAUGUGCUAACGCUGCUGGCCGACUCGAAGGUGCGCCAUUUGUAUCUUUUCCAGAAUCGGUACACCCCGCCGCCCUCACUAUCAGCCCCGGGACGGAAAGGGUGGCGCAUCCUGCGGCGGGAUAAUCCUCUGCUUCAGGUUCACCUGCGUAUUGAAUCAACCAGUGCCCGGGCCGAGAUUUUGCUGCAACCGGAAGCACCCGUCCAUAGUAUGAUCUAUCAGUGCCCCAAAGCCAUGAUUACUUCGGAUAAGCUGCUGGCCGCUGUCGAAGCUUACAAGUACACACUGGCCGUUUACGGGCACGAAAUGCUUCCCGAUUUUACCAGCCCGGUCGAAUUUCAGGAUCGAGUGGACAGCUUGUUGGUGCUGCUGGCAAGGUCAUGCCCGCAGUUGACAGUUUUGAUGGUUCGCGAACGUAUAUCGACGGCCACCUUGCUUCUGAUGGUAAAAUCGGCUCAAAAUUUACGGCACCUGUACGUGCGGCGAAGUCAACUGGUGCCGGAGUGUGAUUGGCCCCGGAAUCCGGAAUGGAGCGAUGAGUUCUACCAGUGGCUCCAGAUGGCAUCCCGAACGGUGGAGUCGACCGAAAAGGAGCUUUCCCAGAUGAUGGAAUGCUACUGGAAGGCACUGAGCGAUGAACAGUUUCCGAAUGCGUCACUCACCAAAUAUGUUGAUCAUUGAGAUUUUUUUUUAUUGUUAGCUAGCUUAACCCCUGUGUGCGUUGAAACACAUUCAUUGGGGAAAAUUUUAAAUCAAAUCUUAUAGAAAGUAUUGUGUAAUAUAUUUCUUGUUCUUUCA